CAGCAGAAAUAAAAAUAAAUCGUUUGUUCUUGGCAAAAUCAGAAGUAUUUAAUUAUUUCAGAAAAUUUUGAUCAAUUUAAGAUAUUGUACUUUCUCUUGUCAUUUUUUGACGUGUAACGUGUGAUCAAGGCGUUUCGGAAAGUUGGAAAUUAUGGCUGCACAACUUGAAAGUUUUGUUAAUCGAAUUGUUUCAAUAAUCACAUCGGACGGGCGUAACUUUGUGGGAACGAUGAAAGGAUUUGACCAAACGAUCAACCUAAUUUUAGACGAUAGUCAUGAACGUGUAUUUAGUGUGCAAGGUGUGGAACAAAUCACUCUGGGCCUUCACAUUAUUCGGGGAGAUAAUGUGGCCGUCAUUGGAGAAAUAGAUGAAGAGGAAGACGCUCGCUUAGACAUGGCAGCAAUUAAGGCGGAACCUCUCAACGCCAUUGUUCAUUAACACCAUCGAAAAUCUCGACUUAAUCCUUCCUUCAAUUAAUUACUGUUAUCCUCUUCAUCAGUUCUUUGUUUAUCAUUGUUUUUGUAUUCUAGAGAAAUAUUGCAAAAAAUAUUGUAACUUAAUAAUUUGAAUCAAAUCAGAAUGUUGAAAGAAUGUUUAGUGCACAGAUUUGUGUAAUCCUAUUGAUUGAUUGAGUUAGCCCAAUUAGUAGUUUGUUAAUUUUCCAGAUAGGCAAUUUAUUUAAAACUUUACUACAAUUGCUAUACAUAUUUAACUAAUUAACAUUAUAAAUUAUAAUGCAUACCACUCACUCAUAACUGAUAAAAUAGAAACUUUGAUAAAGAAUAAG